GCGGGCCGCAGCGCCGGGGCCGGCGAUGAGCGCGAGGAGCCGACAUGAGCGCAGACAGCAGCCUGCUCAUGGGCAACACGCCCCCCAGCUAUGGGACCCUGACGAUAGAGACAUCAAUCGAUCCCCUCAGCUCCUCAGUUUCAUCCGUGAGGCUCAGCGGCUACUGUGGCAGUCCAUGGAGGGCCAUCGGCUAUCACGUCGUGGUCUGGAUGCUGGCCGGGAUCCCUUGGCUGCUAUUCCGCUGGAAGCCCUUGUGGGGCGUGCGCCUGCGCCUCCGGCCAUGCAGCCUGGCCCACGCAGAAACACUCGUCAUCGAAACAAGAGACAAAGAGGAUAGCUCGUGGCAGCUCUUUACUGUCCAAGUGCAGACUGAGGCCGUUGGCGAGGGCAGCCUGGAGCUGCUCCAGCAGGCCCAGGCGGAAGAUGGUCGGAGCCAGGCGGCCGUUGGGGCAGUGCCGGAGGACACAUGGAAGGACACUGCCCAGCUUCACGGGCAGGAGGAGGCUAAGCAGGUGCUGCGGUACUACCUGUUCCAGGGCCAGCGCUACAUCUGGAUGGAGACCCAGCAGGCCUUCUGCCAAGUCAGCCUGCUGGACCAUGGCCGCACCUGUGAGGACAUACACUGCUCCCGCUCUGGCCUCAGCCUAAAGGACCAAGCUGUGAGGAAGACCAUUUACGGUCCCAAUGUGAUCAGCAUACCUGUCAAGUCCUACCCACAGCUCCUGGUGGACGAGGCACUGAGCCCCUACUAUGGGUUCCAGGCCUUCAGCAUCGCGCUGUGGCUGGCCGACCACUACUACUGGUACGCCCUGUGCAUCUUCCUCAUCUCCGCUAUCUCCAUCUGCCUGGCACUGUACAAGACCAGAAAGCAAAGCAUGACUCUGAGGGAUAUGGUCAAGCUGUCCGUGCAGGUGCGGGUGUGCCGGCCUGGAGGAGAGGAGGAAUGGGUGGACUCCAGCGAGCUGGUGCCAGGAGACUGCCUGGUGUUGCCCCAGGAGGGCGGCCUGAUGCCCUGCGAUGCCGCCCUUGUGGCCGGAGAGUGCGUGGUCAAUGAAAGCUCUCUCACAGGGGAAAGCGUCCCAGUACUGAAGACUGCCCUGCCGGAAGACCCCAGAGCCUACUGCUCAGAGACCCAUCGGAGGCACACGCUCUUCUGCGGUACCCUCAUCCUGCAAGCCCGGGCUUACUUGGGACCCCACGUCCUGGCAGUGGUGACCCGGACAGGGUUCUGCACAGCUAAAGGGGGCCUGGUGAGCUCUAUUCUGCACCCACGGCCUAUCAGCUUCAAGUUCUAUAAACACAGCAUGAAGUUUGUGGCAGCCCUCUCUGUCUUGGCUCUGCUUGGCACCAUCUACAGCAUCUUCGUCCUCUACCACAACCGGGUGCCUGUGAACGAGAUGGUGAUCCGGGCUCUGGACCUGGUGACAGUGGUGGUGCCGCCUGCCCUGCCAGCCGCGAUGACCGUGUGCACACUCUACGCCCAGAGCCGGCUACGGGCACAGGGCAUCUUCUGCAUUCACCCGCUGCGCAUCAACCUGGGGGGCAAGCUGCAUCUCGUGUGCUUUGACAAGACGGGCACCCUCACUGAAGAUGGCUUGGACAUUAUGGGAGUGGUGCCCUUGAAGGGGCAGGUGUUCCUGCCACUAGUCCCAGAGCCCCGCCACCUGCCUCCAGGGCCACUUCUCCGAGCACUGGCCACCUGCCAUGCCCUCAGCCAGCUAGGUGACACUCCAGUGGGCGACCCUAUGGACCUCAAGAUGGUGGAGUCUACAGGCUGGGUCCUGGAAGAGGGCUCCGCUGCAGACUCAGCAGCACCUGCAACCCAGGUCUUGGCAGUGAUGAGACCCCCACCAUGGGACUCCCGGCUGCAGGCAAUGGAAGAGCCCCCAGAGCCAAUCAGCAUCCUGUGCCGCUUCCCCUUCUCCUCUGCCCUGCAGCGCAUGGUUGUGGUGGUGGUGUGGCCUGGGGCUGCCCAGCCUGAGGCCUAUGUCAAGGGCUCCCCCGAGCUGGUGGCUGGCCUCUGCAGCCCAGAGACAGUGCCCACUGACUUUGCCCAGGUGCUGCAGAGCUACACAGCUGCUGGCUAUCGUGUCGUGGCCUUGGCUGGCAAGCCACUGCCCAUCAUGCCCAAUCUGGAAGCUGCACAGCAACUGACAAGAGACACUGUGGAACAGGAGCUGAGCUUCCUGGGGCUGCUGGUCAUGAGGAACCUACUGAAACCACAAACAGCCCCCGUCAUCCGGGAUUUGCAGAGGACAGGCAUCCGCACUGUCAUGGUGACAGGGGACAACCUCCAGACGGCAGUCACUGUGGCCCGGGGCUGUGGCAUGGUGGGCCCCCAGGAGCACCUGAUCAUCAUCCAUGCCAGCCACCCUGAGCGGGGCCAGCCUGCCUCCCUUGAGUUCCUGCCUGUUGAGUCCUCUGCAGCUGUGAACGGGGCUAAGGAUCCUGUUGAGGCUGCAGGUUACAUCGUGGAACCUGUACCCCGGCCCAACCACUUGGCACUCAAUGGAUCCACAUUUGGUGUCCUUCGGAAGCACUUUCCCAAGCUGCUGCCCAAGGUCCUGGUGCAGGGUACCAUCUUCGCCCGCAUGGCCCCAGAGCAGAAGACAGAGCUUGUGUGUGAGCUCCAGAAGCUUCAGUACUGCGUGGGUAUGUGUGGGGACGGCGCCAAUGACUGCGGGGCCCUGAAGGCAGCUGAUGUGGGCAUCUCACUAUCCCAGGCUGAGGCCUCGGUGGUCUCACCCUUCACCUCCAGCAUGGCCAGUAUUGAGUGUGUUCCCACAGUGAUUAGGGAAGGCCGCUGUUCUCUGGACACGUCCUUCAGCGUCUUUAAGUACAUGGCCCUGUAUAGCCUGACUCAGUUCAUCUCGGUCCUGAUCCUCUAUACGAUCAACACCAACCUGGGGGACGUGCAGUUCCUGGCCAUCGAUCUGGUCAUCACCACCACAGUGGCCGUGCUCAUGAGCCGCACAGGUCCUGCGCUGGUGCUGAGACGAGCACGGCCACCGGGGGCGCUGCUGAGCGUGCCUGUGCUUAGCAGCCUGCUGCUACAAGUGGCCCUGGUGGUCAGUGUCCAGCUUGGGGGCUACUUCCUGACGGUAGCCCAGCCCUGGUUUGUUCCUCUGAACAGGACAGUGCCGGCCCCUGACAACCUACCCAACUAUGAGAACACAGUGGUCUUCUCCCUGUCCAGCUUCCAGUACCUCAUCCUGGCUGCGGCCGUGUCCAAGGGGGCACCCUUCCGCCGGCCACUCUACACCAACGUGCCCUUCCUGUUGGCCCUGGUGCUCUUGGGCUGUGUCCUGGUGGGCCUCAUCCUGGUCCCCGGCCUCCUGCAGGGGCCACUAGGGCUGAGGAACAUUGCGGACACCUGCUUCAAGCUGCUGCUGCUGGGCCUGGUUGCCUUCAACUUCGUGGGAGCCUUCAUGCUGGAGAGCAUGCUGGACCAGUGCAUCCCGGCCUGCCUGCGGUGGCUCCAGCCCAAACGGGCCUCCAAGAAACGCUUCAAGCAGCUGGAGCGGGAGCUUGCUGAACAGCCCUGGCCCACGCUGCCCGUUGACCCUGUGAGGUAGUACAGGACAUGAGGGUACCCCAGACACUGGAUCUCCCUGCCUCUGAGCCGACUGGACCCAUCUCUAAGACGCCACCUGUCAUCUCACAUGGUCCUGAAGCUGGCUGUCGUCACACUCCUGCCCCAAGAGUACCUGGCCCACAGCCUUCCCUGCCCCUACCCUGGGGAGGUGCCAGCUGUUGCCCCCAUUUUCAACCAUUCAUGUAGACAUAGCAGCCACACACUCAGUGUAGCAAAUAAAGUGGUGAUAUUUUCCUGA